AUGAAGGUAACUUUGCAACAGGUGCUUGGUCUCAUUGUUCGUUAUCCUGUUCGGGCUAUUCUCCUGCAAAACCUUACUCCUACUCAUGGAGUAAUUGUAAAGUUAUCUCCCUCUAAGUUCUCAAUUGAGGCAGUGACAGUUGGUGGGGUGAGUCUUUGUAGCUACUCCGAGUUGCUAAAGAUCACUGAUUUCAAGACUGGGAACUUUCUUCAGAAGACUCUUUCAGGAAGAUUGUUCUGUGGCGCCAUUGGUGAAGGAUCUGAAAAACGGCUUGUAAUUGUAAAGACAUGGGAUGUUCUCCUUCCUUACAGGGGUGAUCUUGCUCAAAGUCUACCUAAAUUUUGUGAUGAGAUUAAGUUAUUCACAGAUAAAACAGCAAAUACGCAUCCAAAUUUGGCAAAAUUGUGUACGUUCUGUUGUGACACGAGGCUUGCAGCUGUCUAUGAGUAUGAUGAAAAAUGUACCGGAGUCUUGUCUGAUGUUCUUUUGGAUGAUAAAUUUGGGUGGAGUAACAGGAUAAAAGUGGCAGCUCAACUUGCAAAUCUCUUGGCAUGGUUGCAUGAGAAGGGGAUUGCAGUUGGUUGUGUUACUGCAUCAUGUAUUAUGAUAGAUGAGGUUGAGUUUCAGCCCUUGGUCGUCUGGCCAACUUUCUAUUUCUCUUAG